UUUGUAUGUCUAUGGUAUUUGUUAACGGUCUAUGGCCUUAUGUCUACAGGCUCGUCUCUAGGCGACUGGCGAUGACGUCAUCACCAACGGACAGUGUUGUCAUUCCUGAAAUGUGGGAAGCGGCUGUCUUUGUAAUUGGUUCUUUUUAAAAGAUUUCAUCGCCCUUUAACCACCGAGACUUAAAAUGGCGGACUACUGGAAGUCCCAGCCAAGGAAAUUCUGUCAGUACUGCAAGUGCUGGAUUGCGGACAAUAAGCCUAGCGUUGAGUUCCAUGAAAGGGGGAAAAAUCACAAAGAAAAUGUGGCUGCAAAAAUCUCAGAGAUUAAAAAGAAGAGCGUUGACAAAAUGAAGCAGGAGGAACGUAUGUCUAAAGAAUUUAAGGCAAUGGAGGAGGCAGCAAUGAAGGCAUAUCAGGAGGAUCUGAAGAGGAUGGAAAAGGAGUCAGAAGGUUCAGGUUCAUCUGCCCAAACUACAACACAGCCACCGCCACAAGCUCAGGCAAAACCUCAGGUAAAACCUCAGGUAAAACCUCAUGCAAGGCCCCAGACAAGACCCCAGGCCAAAAAACAGCAAAAGAAAGAGAAAGCAAGCGGGAAGUCCAGAGGCCAAAGAGAGGCGCAGGUUUGGGUCGAAGGACAGACGGACGAUGGACACACGUACUAUUACAACGCGAUAACCGGAGAAUCUACAUGGGAAAAACCAGAGGGGUUCCAUGGAGAAAACUCAGCCUUUGCACAGCCUGGACAGACUGAGAGCUCUUCAGGCUGUCCUUGGAUGGUUGCCGUCAGUCCUGAUGGUUAUACAUAUUACUACAACUCAGACACUGGAGAGACCAGCUGGGAGAAGCCAGCGGGCUUUUCUUCGAAGGAGUCGUCUGGAUCUGGAUCCAUCAAAGAGGACGAGAGUCCAAAGGAGCCAGUAACCCCUCAGGCAGAGCCGUCCUCAGGAGGAGAAGUGAGCUCCAGCGAGGCCCCGGCAUCUCAGGAGGCUCAAGUUCCCGAACAGGCCAGCCAGUCCCCCAAUGCCUCAAAGAUCAGCUUCAGGAAAAGGAAAGCAGAAGCAGAGCCAUCAGAAAAGGAAGGAGAAGAAAUGAGUGAUGGUGCUCUAAAAGAAGCGCCUGAAGAAAUGAAAAAAGAGCAAGAUGUCCAAAGCACAACAGCUGAACCCGAGAAAGAGGAGAAAGAGAAGAAAGAGGAAGAGGUGGCACCAGUGAAGAUACGAAACAAGAGGCCUAAAGCUGCCAAUCCCUAUGGGGCUUGGGAAGAGAUCCAGGAAGAGGAGGAUCCAUAUUCCAAGGUGGACUUACAGCUUCCUCAGGUGGAGGGAAGCACCAUCAGCACGCCGGUCGACCUGCCGCCAGAGCCAAAAACAAAGUUCAAGGAACGCGUUAUCACUUCCCUCGGAGAGGAAGGCGGCGGACCCGCUUCAUUCAGGAAAAACAAGACACAGAACGGCAAAUCCCGGAGCCUCCGACAGAGAGACAACGACGACGACUGACCCAAUCGCGUAAAAACUUUACGCAGUAGAAGACUUUUACACAAAUAAAACAACUUUUGACAUAUGAAUGAACCUUUUUGAUUUUUGAAGUGUAAAUGCUUUUUUUUUUUAGGAGUUUGUUUCAGGAAAAAUUGUAGACAAGUAAAAUGUGCUGUUUAAAUUUAAUUUUUUUUAAUCCUAAAUUUUUUUACCAUUGGACACAAUCCACGCUCUUUUCUUUUUACUGAUAUGUUAUAUAAUUAAGGUGUGCAAGUGUGUGUAUUGUCAUUCUAUCCUGCAGUCUGGUAAGGGCAGAUACACCCAUACAGAGCAAUUUAAAUAAAACUUUUUUGUAUUUUUCAUAUUUGUAUUUGUUUACCAUUGCUAGUAAU